AUGGCCUCUCAGAAGCAAGAAAAGAAGAAAUCUACGGAAGAAGACAAUAGGACCAGAUCUCUUUCCUAUAAUGCUGAUGUUGAAAGAAUUGGGCCACACUUAGACAUUUAUCUUGCCUUCCAACCUCAGCUCCGAAAGCGUAAAGACAAGACAAGCAAAAAGAUCCUGAAGGCAGUCAUCUUGAUUCAGGCUGCUAUUAGGGGGUGGCUUGAACGGAGAAGACUAGAGAGAAUAAAGGCCAAGGCCACAGACCAUGGACCAACAUUUAGAGCUGUUGUAAAUGCAUACCGCAGAAUGGUUGACCGUAUUCAGCGCCGAGCUGGCCUUCGGAAUACAAGAGUAAUCUUAAAAUUCUCAGAGCUAGAGGAAUGGUUGGACAGAAAAAAAUUUUAUGAAGUCAUGUUUGCCAAGAGGGAAUAUUGCCAAGGGAUUCCAAAAUAUGAGCUCCCUAAAUAUUUCAGAGACUGUGGUCAUUUUCCAACCCAAUCACAUAUUGAUAGCACGUAUCUGCUGGUCCAAACUGAUGGAAAAUGGAAAUACAAUGAAAUCCACUCUGAAGAAGUUAAAAAGGGAAAAGCUCUUGAAAUGAUAUUCACUCUUUAUCCUCCUGAAGGUGCCCACGUAAGUCAUUUUUGGGGCCUAAAGUCAACUUGGACAAGACCCAUAGUACAUGGAGAAGAAGCAUAUAAGUAUUUAGUUUCUGGACACCCAAUAAUCAAGAAAGCUGACAUUCGGGUCGUUGGAAAAUUAGUAGCUAGGUCCAUGAGAGAGAGGAGAAUGAAACUACGUUUCAAAUCACCAGAUGAAUAAGAGCAGGAUGACUGUGCUGAAGCAGCUAUAUCUGGAAUCAGGAAGAUCUGAAAUUAAAUUCUGCCUUAGACAUUUACUGUGUAACACAGGGU